AUGAAGAAAGCCAAGUUAAACAAGAGAAACGACGCUGGUGGCAGGAAAGUCAAGACGGGAUGCGCAACGUGCCGCAUUCGAAAGAUCAAAUGCGAUGAAGCUAAACCGUAUUGUCAGAAAUGCGUCAAGACAGGUCGUACUUGUGACGGCUAUGAAUCUGUCUUCAGACCCUUUUCAAGUCCAUCCAACAGUAGCAACAGUCGUGUAUCAGACGUGAAGAGUCCAUCAGUAAAGUCUAAAGGCGAUUCUUCUCUAGAUCCUACCACACUCAAUCGCUACCUCUCAACCAAGACUAUAUUUGGCGUUGACAUCAAUUGCAAUCAAGAAGCUGAGGAGGUACUUCAACAAAGCAUGAAUGAUGCUUCAAUUCAACAUGCUCUACUGUCUCUUCAAGCUCUUCGUAAUGAUCUUGAGCCAAUGGCAGAUGGCCCAACUUCACCAGAGCAACAGAAACUUAGCUAUAAUUAUGGUCUUCAGCAGUAUAGCAAAGCUUUGACAGGCCUAGCUUUGAACUUGUCAACACCAAACCCAGAGACCCUCAAGUCUGCACUAUUAUGUUGUCAAGUCCUGAUCAGCGUCGAACAAGUCAGAGGUAAUUUCUCUGCCAUGGGUGUUCACAUUAUCCGAGGAUUGAACAUUAUGCGAGAAUAUCGCGCGAGGCCAUAUCUAUCAGAUGGAAAUGUGCUGCGGGCCGCAAACCAUAAAGAUCUACCAUCGAUAGACAUCUUCAUCAUCAAGUUCUUUGCCGCGCCAUGCAAAUUUACAGAACAGCCGGCUGUGGAUAUCGCCAACAUGUUGACGCCACCAGCUGACGUUUCCACUGAUCGCAAGAUUGCCCCAAACAUGCGGCCUGGGAUCAGAGGAAUCGCAGAUUUGGUUAUCGACUUUCUGGGUCACAUUUCUCUCAUUGGAUCACAGCCAAGAGCUACGGAGUUGCUCAGCGAGAAAAGUAGGCUUCUUGACUUAUUGGACUCGUGGCUGUGGGACUUUGAAGCUACUCAGGAACCUGGAGAACCUGCGACUAUUCAUAACUGUUUCUUGAGAUUGCUUUCUAUGGUUAUCAGAGUCGUGCUCCUAGGAACGCUAGAUUAUGUGUCAGACACUGACGGAAGACUAAAGGCGGAGAAUGAGAGGAUUCAGGCUUUGACCGAUGAGAUUAAUGAACGGCUGAAGGAUUAUGAUAUGCGUCAAGGAAUAGAAGGUGGACUCAGGCAAUAG